CGUAGUUUUCAGCCGCCUCACUAAAAAACAAACUGUAAACACACAAUCGAAGAAGACGGCGACAUGGACGAUUUGUUCAGCCCGCGAAGGCAGCUGAACAGUACGCAGGGGGAGAUCCGAGUAGGUCCGAGCCACCAGGCUAAACUCCCUGAGUUGCAGCCCCUCCCCGCAGCAGGCUCAGAACAGGUGACGGAGAAUGAGGAGCUGGUGUGGACGCCAGGGGUCAACGACUGUGACCUCCUUAUGUACCUGCGCGCGGCCAGGAGCAUGGCAGCGUUUGCAGGCAUGUGUGACGGAGGCUCUACGGAAGAUGGCUGUCUGGCCGCGUCACGAGAUGACACCACGCUGAAUGCUUUAAACACGCUCCAUGAGAGUCACUAUGAUGCCGCCAAAGCCCUGCAGUGUCUGGUGAAGAAGCCGGUUCCCAAACUCAUUGAGAAGAGCUGGUCAGAGGAUGAAGUGAAACGCUUCAUUAAAGGCCUGAGACAGUAUGGCAAGAAUUUCUUCAGGAUCCGUAAAGACCUGUUGCCCAACAAGAAAACGGGUGAGCUGAUUACGUUCUACUACUACUGGAAGAAGACCCCGGAAGCUGCGGGGUCACGACCUCAGCGCCAGCACCGCAAGCAGCCCGCGUCCCGCAAAGUGAAAACCCGCAACUCCGCCUCGGCCACCAACGCCCCGUCCCGCACGUCUUCCAUGGAGCUGAGUUCAGCGAGUGAGGAUGACCUGGAGAGCGAAGACAGCGAACAGGGAGACAAAGACUGCGUCUGUGGUCACUGUCUCACCACCAGCUCUAAGGACUGGCAGGUGGGUGGGAGGGACAACAUUCUGCUCUGCUCCAGCUGCCACUCCCACUACAGUAAAUACAGACGCCUGCCGCCGGCGCCCAAACCCGCAGACCCGCCGUACAUGUUCAAACCCGUCAAAGAGGAAGAGGAUGGGCCUGCAGCCAGGCACGCGAUGAAGACGCGCCGCAGCAGAGCACCUAUUUCAUCUCUGAGGAGUGGCCGUAAGCGGCAAACCGGUAGCCCUGAUGGGGGCGUGUCUCCUGUUCACGAGGACGUGCGGUCGGGUGGCCACGCCCCCAGCAGAGGCAGCUCCGCUUCCAUGGCGACCCGAGCGUCCAGUACUGACAGCAAGACUUCCGUCACUCCGAAGUCGGGCAAGAAGAUGAAAGUGGAGGCCGCUUUAGCGAAGGGGGUGAAGAGAGCGCGAGAAAGUGCUACCGAGGAGACGGAUGAACCCGAGCGGAAAACCAUGAAACGCCCCAAAACACAGGAGGGCGGUGACUCGCCGUCGGAGGGUGAGGGAGAGAGCUCUGAUUGCCGUAGCGCUAACGAUGAAGUGAGCAGCGACACUAAAGACAUCGACCAGGACAACAGAAGCUCUUCCCCUAGCCUGCCCAGCCCGUUGCCGGGCAACGAGAGCGACUCCGAUUCCCCGGCUCCCGCGACCGCGCCCCAAACCCAGACGAACCUCACUACUGCGCCGGAGACCACUCACACACCGUCUGAAACUCCCACCCAGGCAGCCUCCACCCUACCAGAACCCCCAGUGCAGGCUCCUAGACACUGCUCCCACGAUGGACCUCCAGAACCCCUGGUUCCGUCAGUGGGGCCCCAAAGAGGUGGCUCCCAUCGGGUUCCAGAGGUUCCCCCUCAGUCUCUCUCUGGACCCUCGGGGCCCGGCUCCUCGUUCUCUCUUCCGUCGCCAUACCCGACCUCCCACCCGGGGAUGCCACAGAACCCGAGCCAGAACCUGCCCGGCGGGCUGACGCCAAUCCACCCCCAUGCCUUCCCCCCUAGAGCCCUUCACGCUCAGCGAGACAACCCCCCUCACGUCCUACACCACGCCCAAAUCAAACCCCCGCCCACCACGCCCAUACAGCCGACCCAAAAACAGCCCCCUCCCCCUCCUCCUCCUCCUCCUCCGCCGCAUCACCUCUCCAACCCCCCCUUCCUGCAGAUACACCCCAACCUGCCUCCUCCCCCAGCGCUGAAGCCCCUGGCCUCCCUCCAUCCGCAGCACAACCCCUGCGUCCAGCCGCCGCCCUUGCACAUCAUGCCUCAGAAUCACCCGCCCCAGCUGCCGGUUCUGACCCAAAGCCAAGUCAAAGGUCAUCCGCCUGGACCCCCACCGCCAAGCUCCACGUGCCCCCACCCAGCUCAGCUCCACCCCUCCCAUCCCCAUCACAUUCGUUCUUUCCCAGAAUCCUCCUCCGCGGCGUUCCCUGCGUCCUCUUCGUCAGCCUCUGUUGCCAGUCUUCACAAUUCCUCCUCCUCUUCGUCUGCAGCCAGUGCUCCUAUUGGACCGUCACACAUGUCAGUCAAAGAGGAGCCACUGGACGAGUCUGACUGUGACAGCCCACCCCCUCCACGAAGAAGCCCCUCCCCCGAGCCGACAGUGGUCAAUACGCCUAGCCACGCCAGCCAAUCAGCAAGGUUCAUCAAACACUUGGACCGUGGCUAUAACUCCUGCUCUCGCACGGAUCUCUUCUUCACUCCGCUCGCGUCCUCCAAACUGGCCAAGAAACGCGAGGAGGCCGUGGAACGUGCCAGAAAAGAGGCAGAGCUGAACGCUCGGCUGGGGCGAGAGAGGGAGAGAGAGAGAGAGAGGGAAAGAGAGAGGGAAAGGGAGAGAGAGAGAGACUCGGACAAAGCCUCCAGAGCAUCCAGCUCUUCCCACGACAGUCGUAUGAGCGAACACCAGAUUCCAGGCCACGCCCAGCCCCGGCCCUCAUUCGAGCAGCCCCCCACCACCGUGGCUGCCGUCCCCCCCUACAUCGGCCCGGACACGCCUGCCCUGCGGACGCUCAGCGAAUACGCCCGCCCCCACGUCAUGUCGCCGACCAACCGAAACCACCCGUUCUUCAUGCCUCUGGGCCCUAACGACCACGCCCUGGCCUAUCAGAUGCCGGGACUCUACGCGGCGGACCCCGCCCUCCGGGAACGUGAGCUCCGCGACCUCAGAGAGAGGGAGAUCCGCGAGAGGAUGAAGCCGGGCUUCGAGGUCAAGCCGCCCGAGCUGGAGUCCGCGGCCCUCCCUCCCUCGGCCAACCCCAUGGAGCACUUCGCCCGACACGGCGCGCUGGCCCUGCCCCACGUGGCCGGGCCCCACCCCUUCGGGCCGUUCGUGCCGGGCAUCGGCCCCGUGGACCGCGAGCGCGUCCUGAGGCCCGAGCUGAGCUACGCCGAGCGCCUGACGGCCGAGAGGCUGCACGCGGAGAGGAUGGCGGCGGUGGCCGGGGACCCCGUCAGCAGACUGCAGAUGCUGAACGUCACCCCGCACCACCAUCAGCACUCCCACAUCCACUCCCACCUCCACCUCCACCAGCAGGACCCUCUCAACCAGGGUUCUGGUCUCCAUCCGCUGGUGGACCCUCUGGCUGCUGGUCCUCCUCUGGCCCGGUUCCCCUUUCCCCCGGGUCCAAUCCCCAACCCUCUGCUCAGCGAUCUGCCCCAUGACCACGACAUGCUGAGACACCCGCUUUUCGGGGCGAUGUAUCCGCGGGAACUCCCGGGUCCUCUGCCCCCCCUUUCAGCUGCCCAUCAGCUGCAGGCCAUGCAGGCGCAGUCAGCCGAACUACAGAGACUCGCCCUCGAACAGCACUGGCUACACGGACACCACCUGCACAGUGCGCCCCUACCUGGACAGGAGGACUUUUACAGCCGUCUGAAGAAAGAGGGCGACAAGCCAUCGUGAGAGGUGUGACGUCGCCGGACGGGCUGGUCGCUAAGGGACACGGACGAUGACGGAACACUGUGGACUUCAGAGGAACUUUUGUGUUCAGGGUACCAGCUUUCCUUUCAGCCCAAUUCAGACCAAGAACCUGUAAA